AUGUAUCAUCUCUGCAAAUCGCUGUAUCUGCACGCGACGAGCAAGGAAGAAUACUCCAUCCUCUUGCUGGGCCUCGACAAUGCCGGGAAGACGACACUGCUAGAGCAGAUCAAGAGCUUGUACAAUACAGAGCGCCAGCCGAAUCUUAAGACUGUGCCGACUGUUGGACAGAACGUCAGCCUGGUCGACUUGCCCGAACUCUACCUCCGAAUCUGGGACGUCGGCGGACAGCACUCUCUACGAGGACUAUGGCAGUCGUACUACAGCAGUUGUCACGCGAUAGUCUUCGUCAUCGACAGCACGGACAUUGGCGAUGCAGAUCUCGAAAGAUUGAGCAAAGGCGUGGGGAAAGCAGAUGAAGAAGGACGGCUGGAUGAAUGCAGGCUGGUGCUGGAGGAUGUGUUGCAGAACGAGGAUACUGAGGGUGUUCCAUUGCUGGUGUUGGCCAACAAACAGGAUCGCGAGGACUGCGUCGAAGUUGUGAGGAUUAAAGAAGGUCUGGUCAGGAAGGUCUUUGAGGGAGAGAAAGGGCAGAAUGUCCGGGACAGCAGGGUGUUGCCCUUGAGCGCGCUCACAGGAACGGGAGUCAAGGAAGCAGUUGAAUGGCUCUGCAGCCGCGUCAAGUGGAAUACAGAGGCACGUCCGCCGGUCAUGCGAUGA